AGUGGAGCGUGUUCGUUCAAAUGGUGCCCCGCUGCUGUCAUAAAAAAAUUGUUUUCAUUUUGGUGUAAAAACAAUUAUUAUUUUUGUGCGUUCUUUUAAAGUAUUUUAGCAGGUGUAAUAAUUCAAUAAUGCUGAAGAUUAGUUACUUUAGUAAUCGCGCAAUGUGCUCUUUAAGUUAGUUUAAUGAAUAAUUUGAAGAAAACAAAGUGAAUCCGAGUUUUUCGUUCUUUAAGACAGUUUUAGUUAAAUUAAUUCUCUAGACAGGAAGUUAGAGGAAAGAAAGCUUUCUUGGGGAUUCUUUCAAGUCUUCCCUUGGUGUAUGGGAUAUACUCCAGGAAGUAGCCAAGGAAAUUCGAAGCAAUACGUCUCCAGUUCACGUCUAAAAGGCAUCUGAAAAUCAUCUUAAUCUCAAAAGAUCGAAUGAAAGAUCCCUUGGAAUCCAAACGGAUGUUGCAGCUUUGGGAAAAUUCAAUUUUCCAGUAAUUCUCUGCCCUUAAAGUCUUUUAAGUGAAAAUGUGAAUAACUCGAUAUUGGAAUCGGACAUAUUAAAGGAAAAUUGAGCAGUAAAACAUCAUGUCCGGAAGUAAAAAUUUGCUGUCUACCUCAUGGGAGUUCAUAAGACCACCUAUAAGGUGUGAUGAAGCUGCUGGUAGGAGUGCUGAAUAUAAUUUACCGACAACACAAGAUAUUUCACAGCAUGUACCACGUUUUAUUGAAGUUCAACGUGGAAAUAUAUUUCUCAGUCCACAACCUCAGACUUCAGCAGCAGCGGAAAAGAUUGUUGAGAAGGACUUAGAUAAGACUGCAAAUUCUACAAUUCCAUACCGAGAAAGAAUUAGUGAGCUAGAAGAUGCCGUGUGUCGAUUGCAGAAAAUUGUUUAUCAGAGUCAAACUGGAUUUUCUACAGCAGAGAAAGAAUUAUUACAACAAAUUGAUGAAAUGAAAAAAACUCAAGCUACAAAAGAUAGAAAAACAAUUCAACUUUGUUGGGAGCAUAGGGCUCUUCAGGAAAAAUUCACAAGACAGGAAAGAGUAUUGCUUAGUCUUCAGCAUGAAAAUCGAGCUCUUCACAAGAGAAUCCUCCAAUAUGAGCAUUGCCUUGAUGAUGUCUCAAAGCGAGUUGUAAAUGCUAUAAUAGCUGAGGAUCGUCUUCGGGCUGAAUUUGCCGUGUUGAAGGGAAGAAUAAGAGAUUUGGAAGUUAAGAAUACUUCAAUUAGUAGUCCUCCUGCUCGUGGUAAAGAUGAGGGUUAUUGCACAAUGAGCUCUGGACCGUUGCUGUCAACUCUUGAAAAUCUCCCGGAGGAACCUGAACAGUGGAUUCUAUCUGAUGGUGGUCAUUCGGCAGAAAUGGAAGAUUGGAGUUUGUCCCAAGAGGAAUUAAUGGAGCAACUCGAUGAAGAUGAAGAGGUCAAUUGGACCAUUGAGAAUUCGAAUUUUGUUCUACCAAAUUUUGAGAGAAACUGCGAAGAGUUCUCAACAUUACUCAAUGAAGAGAUCAUUUACUCAGAGAGCGAAGAAUUGGCGUGCAAAGACUUCACGUCUGAUUUCUACAAACUUGUCAAUAUUCAGCCAGAAAGUUGCAAAAGUUUAAUUUUUGAGAGUGAUGAUGCGAAUAAAAUUGAUUCGGAAUCUGAUGCUGCUGAUCAUUCUUCAUCUGUGGUGAGUGAUAUGGGGCAAGAACAGCUGUACACGUGCUCAUCAAGUGAUGAAUCUACGGAUAUGAAUAAUUAUCAAGUAGCAACACCAAGCACCUCUAAAAGUGGUCUUACAACAGUACCAGAACGAAAGAAAAGAAGCUACUUUCUUCCUAAGCAAUGGCAAAGAAGUUCCGGUUGGAGAAGAAUUUCAAUUAAAAGAAAUGAAUCUACCAGCAAUCAAGGCAAAUAAAUUGAAUGAAAGUGAAUCAAUAAAAUGAUUAAGAUCUUCUCAAAGACUCUCCAAGUGUCUGUCUACCUACACCAAUUAAUGAAAAAAAAAAAUAGUUUUGUAUUAAAAAAAACGAAACUUAUUUAUAGAUUGUAGAAUUUAGUGAUAAAAGUGGUUUUGUAUCACUGCCUAAAGAAGACUUUUUACAACAAAAAAUUAUAUAUAUUAAAUUAUAAAUAAUAAGAAAAUGAUUUUGCCUUAAGUAAAUCAUAAAUACAGAAAUAAAGAAAACCAAAAGUUAUAAUAAGAAAAUAACACAAAAAAAGAAAAUAUACGAAAAGAUAAUCUCGAUAUUUUUUUUUCAUUUUUUUUUACAAAGAUUUUAAAAUUAUAGAUGGAUGAUUCGGCAAUAAAUACCUAAGUUUUUUUUAAUUAAAAGUUCAUUGAAAACUGAUUUUUUUUCUCAAUAAAAAGAAAGAUUUUCUUUCGAAAAAUUUUGAUAGACAAUAUUAAUUACUUAUCUAUAUAUACAUACAUAAUAAUAUAAUAAUAAUCUAUUGAGAAUUUUACAAAAUUUAAUUUAUUCAAUAAUUAAGAGAUAUUGAAAUGAAAUAAAUAAUUAUGAAUUUAUCAGUAAAUUAGGUAAUGCAAAUUCUCUGUAUGUUCUCUUUUUUGUAUGCAAUUUUUUUGUACUAAUUAAAAGAAAAAUUAAAAAUUAAAGGUAUCAAAUAAAAUAUAGAACCUUGGUGGUAUUCUGAGGUAAAGAUCAAGAUUAAAAUAAAAAAAAUAAAUUAA